AUCUGCACAUUUGAUUUAUGUAGUGACUAAUCUCACAGUCUCGUUCUCAAAUUUGCUUUACUUUAUCUGGUUGAUUCGUUUCGUGAAUCCAAAUUAGUCUAAAGCGAGUUAAGCUUGGUGCUUCUUUGGCGAGAAGCAAGAUGAAUAUCGGGUGUAAAGUUCUCGUCUUUUUCACAUGUUUCUUCUCUGUGACAGCAGAGAUUUACAUUGUGACUAUGGAAGGAGACCCAAUCAUUAGUUACAAAGGUGGUGAUAAUGGAUUUGAAGCAACUGCUGUGGAAUCUGAUGAGAAAAUUGAUACUACUAGUGAACUGGUGACAUCAUAUGCUCGUCACCUUGAGAGGAAGCAUGAUAUGCUUCUUGGAAUGCUCUUUGAGGAAGGAUCUUACAAAAAGCUUUAUAGCUAUAAACACCUCAUUAAUGGUUUUGCAGCUCAUGUUUCCCCUGAUCAGGCGGAAAUGCUUCGCCGCGCGCCUGGUGUGAAAUCUGUGAAUAGAGAUUGGAAAGUGAGGAAACUCACCACACAUACACCACAGUUUUUGGGAUUACCAACUGAUGUUUGGCCAACUGGUGGUGGUUAUGAUAGAGCAGGAGAAGAUAUUGUUAUUGGCUUUAUUGACUCAGGGAUAUUUCCACAUCACCCAAGUUUUGCCUCUCACCACACAGCAUUACCUUAUGGCCCUCAUCCUAGUUACAAAGGGAAAUGUGAAGAAGAUCCUCAUUCUAAGCUCAGUUUCUGCAACGGGAAGAUCAUAGGAGCGCAACAUUUUGCUGAAGCUGCUAAAGCAGCUGGUGCAUUUAAUCCUGAUAUCGACUUUGCUUCACCAAUGGAUGGCGAUGGACAUGGAAGUCACACAGCAGCUAUUGCAGCUGGGAAUAAUGGUAUUCCAGUGAGGAUGCACGGCUAUGAGUUUGGAAAAGCAAGCGGGAUGGCUCCUCGUGCAAGGAUUGCUGUUUACAAAGCUCUCUACCGGCUAUUUGGAGGCUUUGUAGCUGAUGUGGUUGCUGCCAUUGAUCAGGCUGUUCAUGAUGGAGUAGAUAUUUUGAGUCUCUCGGUUGGUCCAAACAGUCCUCCAGCUACUACCAAGACAACAUUCUUAAAUCCAUUUGAUGCUACACUUCUUGGGGCUGUAAAAGCUGGUGUUUUUGUUGCUCAAGCUGCUGGAAAUGGAGGUCCCUUUCCGAAAACUCUGGUUUCGUACAGCCCUUGGAUAACUACUGUGGCUGCUGCAAUUGAUGAUCGCAGAUACAAAAACCAUCUGACACUUGGAAAUGGUAAAAUGCUUGCCGGAAUAGGACUAUCCCCUUCUACUCGACCUCAUCGUUCAUACAAGAUGGUCUCUGCAAAUGAUGUUCUGCUUGGUUCUUCGGGUAUGAAAUACAAUCCGUCAGAUUGCCAGAAGCCAGAAGUCUUGAACAAAAGAUUAGUCGAAGGAAACAUUCUGCUUUGUGGAUAUUCUUUCAACUUUGUUGCUGGUUCAGCUUCCAUCAAGAAAGUUGCUGAAACUGCCAAGCAUCUAGGCGCCGCUGGUUUCGUUCUUGUUGUCGAAAAUGUUUCUCCAGGAACAAAAUUCGAUCCUGUUCCUUCUUGCAUUCCUGGGAUUCUGAUUACAGAUGUCUCUAAGUCAAUGGAUUUGAUUGAUUAUUACAAUGUCACAACAUCAAGAGACUGGAUGGGAAGGGUAAAGGACUUUAAAGCUGAAGGAAGCAUCGGGGACGGUUUGGAACCUAUUCUUCACAAAUCCGCACCUGAAGUUGCUCUGUUCUCGGCUCGAGGACCCAACACCAAAGAUUUCAGCUUUCAAGAUGCUGAUCUCCUCAAACCAGAUAUUCUUGCUCCAGGCUCUUUGAUAUGGUCUGCUUGGUCUGAAAAUGGGACAGACGAGGCUAACUAUAUCGGCGAAGGAUUUGCACUAAUUUCUGGCACAAGCAUGGCUGCACCACACAUUGCGGGCAUAGCUGCUCUUGUGAAACAGAAGCAUCCUCAAUGGAGUCCAGCUGCCAUCAAAUCAGCUUUGAUGACGACUUCAACAGUCAUAGAUCGAGCAGGAAGGCCUCUCCAAGCACAGCAAUAUUCUGAAACAGAGACAGUAACACUUGUUAAAGCCACUCCUUUUGAUUAUGGAAGUGGUCAUGUCAACCCAAGCGCUGCUCUAGACCCUGGUCUCAUCUUUGAUGCAGGUUAUGAGGACUAUAUAGGGUUCUUGUGCACCACGCCGGGUAUUGAUGCUCAUGAGAUAACAAACUUCACAAACACUCCAUGCAAUUUCAAAAUGGUUCAUCCUUCAAACUUCAACACGCCAUCCAUAGCCAUCUCUCAUCUCGUGAGAACACAAACCGUGACGAGAAGAGUGACGAAUGUAGCAGAUGAGGAAGAAACAUACACAAUCACAUCGAGGAUGGAGCCAGCGAUUGCCAUCGAAGUGAGUCCUCCUGCAAUGACAGUAAGAGCAGGCGCCUCUAGAACCUUCUCGGUGACUCUAACAGUGAGAUCAGUGACCGGAGCUUAUAGCUUCGGAGAGGUUACAUUGAAAGGAAGCCGAGGACAUAAAGUGACUCUCCCUGUGGUUGCUAUGGGACAAAGGCGAUGAAGAAACAAAUAUGAGAUUUUGUAACAUUAUUAUUGUUACUCUUUUUGUAAUAUGCAGUAAUAAUAAGAAGGUAGUUAUGUCGUCCUGAGUAAAAAAGAAUAAUACAG